CUUGUGGUCACACUUUUUCUUCAGCCCAAACCAUUCUGGUACUCGCAGUUUUCAUAAAAACAAAAAACUCAAAUUAACAAGAUGUUGGGCCGCAGCAGUGUUAUUGCACGUAACUUCUCCCAAUCCAUGGUCCGCUAUAGCGGCCACGGUGGUGUUCCCGGUGAGAACUUGCCCUUCAGCCUGCAGAACAAGUAUAGGAUCACCGCUCUAUUCACCAUCGGCUGUGUUUUGGGCUUUGGCUCUCCCUUCUUGAUCGUCAGACAUCAGCUGUUGAAGAAGUAAAGUGUCCGUAGCGACGUCGCAGCCCCGACAGCCGCAGUUCUCAACAACAAUGUAAGAUUUCGACGUUUGUUAGAGGCAGGCAUGUCGUCAAUUGUGUUACACAUUAACAUUAAGUCAACAGUUUAAACGUAAUAAAUAAAAAUUACCCAGAAACUAUAGACCGAAA